CUCGUAUCACGAGUACACACACCACGACGCCGUUCCGGCGAGCGCCAAUCAGCGACAAGCGCGCAGCCGCCCCGGUAGCCGUCGGCCAUAUUGGACAACCUCGGGAACGGCCACGAAGACUCUCCUUGCGGGCCGCCAUAGCGGACCACAGUGGGUCUUGGGCUUGCUUCACGGGCGCCUUCCAGGCUCCUGCUGUUGUCAACAGAGGUCCGCCCCCUCCACUCUCCUUCCUCCACCAUCUUUUCCUCCGGUCUCCUUUCCUCGCUUGCCGUCGUCCUCGCGCAAGAACCAGGAACGACUUCGCCAUGGAAGAACAGUCUCCGACGCAGACUCCACAGCAGCAGCACACUGCCAUCCCAGGACCGACGGGCCACCAGGCCGCACUGAGCCCGGCCGAGCAGUCUAACAGCUGGGCGAUGGAGCAAGAGCUGCAACAGAAGGCUGCCGCCCAACAAGCGGCUCAACAGGCCGCGCAGCAGGCCGCCCAACAAGCCGCCGCUCAACAAGCCGCACAACAAGCCGUCCAACAGGCAGCCCAACAAGCCGCUCAGCAAGCCGCUCAACAAGCAGCCCAGCAGGCCGCUCAGAUCGCCCACCAGGUGGCGACACCCGUGUCGACGCAAGCGCCGUCGGUGACGGCGGCCGCCUCGCAGCAGCAGCAGCAGCAGCCGUGGUCUCCUGGGGCGGCGGCAGCCGUGAAGGGCGGGGCUCCGUCCCCAGAAGUUCCCCAGGUUUCCCUAGGUGGCGGAGUCGUCGUCGUGCCGGUCUCGGAGGCGGCCGAGGCGUCUCCCGUCGCCGAGGCCACGCCCCCGGCGACGACGGUCGGCGAGGCCCCGCCCCCGAGCGGCUCCCCGUCGGGUCCGCAGGGCCCCACUCCGGUGGCCGUGACAUGCAGCUUCGCGGCGCCGGGCGACGAGCACAGCCCGGCUAGCAUCAGUAGCCUGAAGGCCCUGAACCCGGUGGACGCCCUGCCUCCGCCGGCGGGCGAUGACAAGGAGCUGCUCUAUCAGUCGCUCAGCUCCUCCACAAUCAUGGUCAGCACGUACGGCACGCCCCAGUACGCGCAGGGCUACGCCGUGGCCAGCUCUCCCUACCCCAACCGGCAAGUCGCCGCCGAGCAAGUGUACGUCAAAGCGGGCAGCGGGGGCCUCAGCCCGCCGACGUACGCGCACCAAGGAGCCGAGCUCGGCGGCUCGCCUCCGUCCUCGAUGUACCCGCCGCUGAGCAUGUACGUGCCCCAGGCGCAAGCGUGGCAGGGCCAGGCGCUCGAGACGACGCACAACGGCUACACGCUGCAGCCCGCGCUGAGCCCCGGCUCGGCGGCGGCGCUCGUCGAAGACGGGCGCGGGAUGGCGGCGGCCGGUGGCAACGGUGCCGGGGGUGCCAACGGAUUCGCGCCCUUUUCGACCCAGUACCUGCGCUCGGACAUGUCGUGGUCCGUGUAUGACAACAGUGCGUCGCUGGCCGCUAUGCCGCAGCCCGCCUACACCACCGACUCCAUGGGCCGGAUACUCUCGCCCGAGCGGCUUCAGGAGUUCUACAGCAACGAGAGCAAGGAGUGCGUCAACUGUGGCGCCAUCUCGACGCCGCUAUGGCGGCGGGACUGCACGGGACACUACCUGUGCAACGCGUGCGGCCUCUACUCCAAGAUGAACGGUGCCAACAGGCCGCUCAUGAGGCCACCCAAGCGUAUGACACCUCCCGAAUCCGGCACCGACGCUCGUUACAGGACGUACGCGAAACAGCAACAACAGCCACAACAACCCCAGCAUCAACCGCAACAGCAACAACAACCACCCAAUCGGCGAGUCGGUCUGCAAUGCUCCAACUGUGCCACUUCGACGACGACGCUAUGGCGGCGCAACAAUCAGGGCGAGCCCGUCUGCAACGCCUGCGGUCUCUACUUCAAGCUGCACAACGUGAACCGGCCGCUGGCGAUGAAGAAGGAAGGCAUUCAGACGCGCAAGCGGAAGCCCAAGAGCGCCAACGCCGACGGCAAGUCGUCCAAGAGCUCAAGCAAGAUGAACGCAGCAGCCGCCGCGGCCGCUGCGGCUGCGCACGAAGCCAUGGACAGCAAACGCAUGGUGCCCAUGUACUCCACCAUGAUCGCCGCCGACCACAACAUCGCCGCGUACGGCAUGCAGGUCCGCAGGGCGAGUCCCGGUGAGGCCUCGGCUUGCGCUCCUGGCGUGCUGCCCGCUUACGCCCCGACCGCCGUCAUCAAGCACGAAGUGUCCAUGCCGGCGUCGCCCGGAGGCAUGAACGUCGACAUGAUGGGCAACGCCGUUGGCGAGUCGCACAGUCCCCGCUCGCUCUCCUCACCCAUCACGCCUUCAUCGGCGGUACUCAACAAGCACCUUCACGGACUGCGCAUGAGCCCGCUAGAUGUGCAGCCCGCCACCAGCAGCCCGCUGCUGAUGACCGGAGACAUGCAGACGGGCAACGUGUACCAGGCGCCCACCAGCGUACUCGUGCAGGUCGACCAGAGCAAACUGCAGCAGCAGCACCAGCAGCAACAGCAGCAGGGGAACCCCUCCACCAUCAUCCAGCAUCAUCACUCGUCCUAAAGAUGCCUCCUCCUCCUCUUUCCUCCUCUUCGUCCACCUCCCGCCGCUUCCAGCGUCCCUCACAGUACCGGGCUAUCGGGACCCCUGUAGACAGUCGGUGUAAGCUAUACAGUGCUUGCUGAAAGCGUCAGUGGGGACAGGACUACUAAAGAGACCACUCCUCAAAGGGCCAUACGUCAAGAGACCAUAAGCCGUGGAGCUUUCCUGUGGCGUGCCAGUCAGCAGCAGGCGAGCGUGCCAACUUCACUCGUCAGUAGGGACCAAUCUUCUGAAUAUAUCACUCAUCCGUCAUGGUCCCCACUCCCACGUCAGGACCAGGUCUAGCAGACCUCACCGUAUUGGAAGCGCUGACAGUCUGCUCCUCCGACAAGAAAGAAGACAAUCUGUCCCUACUCUUGUAACUUCGGUAGGAAUGCACUGCAGGAAGGCACUUCAGUAGGAAUGAAUUCUCGAGUUGGAAGCAGUUCCUCAGUAUAGUUAAAUGACUCAGCGAGUGACGUGUCGCUUUUCCCAGACAGACAUUCCAGGACAUGCUCUAGUGAACACAUCGGAAGUCAUCUCGUUGUUUGUGCAGUGGCUAUCGAUUGCCGACUAAACACAACCAUGCUUAUACGUUUAUCAGCAAUGGGGGCCAGCCCUGUUCCCCAGCUACGACUGAAAAGCUGGAAAUGGAAGUGGCAUAAAAGAAAAGCCGUGGAACGCGAUAUUGUCAGCCUAUUUGUUUUCUUUCCCCGAGAGACAAAUGACCCGAGUACCUGUUUCAUGCAAUGAACUGCCUUGCGCACAUCGCCGCGACCGCCAGAUGAACAAGACUCUGCCGUGCCCACAAUCGCCUGUGCCAUUGCGAGAGCCACUAUAUACUGCGUUGAGAUCGCUGCCAGUUCGGUGCAGUGACAGCUAAGUAGUGGAGCCAAAGUGUGUGUGUGCGCGCCAGUAAAAGCGCUGGAUAUCAGGCUGCAGGGAAGGAACAUCGUGACGAUGCACUUAUUAAGUACAGCACUUCCUGGGGGUUUGCUUCUUUUUUUUUUUCUCUCACAAGAUGUCACUAGGUUAAAUCAGUCCGCAAAGCCUGCCCAUACAAAUGCCUGCCCCUCACUCUGAAAUACUCGUUCGAUGUGGCAAUACCGUGAGAAUAACGACUCCAGUGUACUUUUCUGGACCAGCCUUUGUUCUAAUGAACGCCGCUAACGUUACAAAAGGUAGGCCUUGACGAGUUCAGAACCGCGUAAGGCUAUGUGCAAUUUGUAUAAUUACGAAAAAUUUAUUGAUUGUAAUCGUACACAGCGGAACAAUGAGGCCUGGCUGGCAUUUCAAUGGCGAGCUUCUUCAGUGUUCUGAUGAAUACGAACAGCCAUCUUGAAGCGUAGGCUUGAGGCUUAGGCUUAGGGCUUUCCUCACUCACCAACUGUACAUCUUUGCGUUUUUGGACAAUUCUGUCUUGCUCGUUUGAUUGGACGGCACACGUAGCGUUGGUUUAAUUGUUUACAAGUGAGAACCAUUGCCAUACAGAGACCUGCCAUUCCGAACAACCUCAAGCGCCGCAUCAGCCGAGCAGUGUGCCACAGAAGUUGGCGGUGAUGAAAUAGAAAACUUCAGCUCGCAAGGCAAGUCUGGGAGGAAGCUUUAGAACUGACACUAACUCUAGAAAGUAUAGCUACAGUGUAUUUUCACGGGCAGGAAGUGAAGGGUAGAGGUCUGUUUUAAACCGUGACGUCACGUGAGGUCUUGUAUACAUAGACAAACAGGGUGAAGCCGACUAGGAACAAUCUGAGGAAUGGGGGAUUCUCGAAUCCGUUCUGUAGAAACUUUUCGCACGCGACGUUUGCUUUUCUCCGACAGUGGGCGGGCUGGGACGUCGUUCCUUCCUCUUUUUUUUUCUUUCACUCAUAGGUCACAUCUUGUGUAGAUACGAAUGCGGGGGCACAUCUUUUUUUUCAUAAUCUUAUCCGGGAUAAGUGAACGGGGCCAAUUUUUUGUUUGUUUGUUGUGUUUUUCCUUCGACAUCCUCGUGGAACUCUGCGCGAAGUGUUGUGGUUGUGUGGUGACAGACUGGAAGUGUUGUGUUGUGAAGUGCGAACGACGCCAUAUUUUUUUUUUCUUCGGUGCCUGCAGACGUUUGCGCGGUACGUGGUACGCCAAUCAAAAAGAGGAUGACCAGCGUGAACGUUGCACGCACAGUGUUUUUUUGUUUGUUUGUUUGUUUCUUGUUUCCGAAUGCACUUGUCAGGUAUGAUGUUCGAAGCAAUAGAAACAAGUUUC